UUUGCCUUCAAGUUAUAACUGUUGUUUUUCCAGUGAUGGCUCGAGCUGCGAUUAUCAUCUUACUUCUCUACAAAAUAUAUUCUGCUCGUGCAGUGAGAAAUUCAGAGCCGUUGGUCAUCUCAGCUAAGACUGGUGAAGCGGUCACUCUCAGCUGCACAUUUGUAGACAACUCUAGUGCAAAAAAUAGGAUCUGGUACAAACAAAGACUGGAGCAUGUUCCACUGGAAGUGGGAUCAAAGCUUAAAGAUAAGGACCCAAUAAUGUCAUCACAUUUCAAACAAACAAGAUUCAAAAUAGACAACAUUGAAGGUGGCAUUUCUCUCAGGAUUGAAUCUGUUACUAAAGAAGAUGAAGGACUGUACUUCUGUAGGGUGGACGGACAGAAAGCGAUGGAAUUUUCUAAUGCUACAUUAUUGGCUGUAACAGGGCAGUCAGACAUAUCAGUGCUCCAAACUCUAGUAACAGGGUCAGUUUCUCCAGGAGAGUCGGUCACUCUGCAGUGCACAGUCCUCUCUGAGAUUGAAGCAGCAGAACUGAGAGCUCUGUGUACAACUGAGAGCUCUGUGUACAACCUCUCCAAGAAAAUCCUCGACCACCACCAUACUGGAACUUACUACUGCACAGUGGCUGCUUGUGGGAAGAUCAUUGUUGGUAAUGGAACAUCAGUAGAACUGAGUAAGUCAUUCUGUGUACUACUAGGCACUCAUGUAGUGUGCAUAUACUUACAAACACUAUAUAUUUCAACUUAAAAUUUGUAAGGCAAAUAAAAGGUUCAUAAAAGUGCAUUAGAGCUGCAUAGACUUACAUUCUAAUAAUGACUUGGGCCUCAUAAUCAAUGAUAUGUGUCUAAAUCAAAAUA